UAUAAAUUGCCCCACGGAGUAAAUCCUCAUCAGUUCAUUCUUACAUAGCGUUGUGUGUUCAGCAUCCUUUAACAAAAUGAUUGCUUACCUAAUUAUUGCUGCUGUUAUUCCAGCAUUCAUAUCGGCACAACUUCAGAUUAUUCCGUGUCCAGGACUUGCAGCUGUGGCUCCUGCAGCAAUUCGCGUUGCGGGAUGUACUUCUAUGCCAUGCCACGUCGGUCAUACUAUAACGCCUAACCAUGGUCAUAACUUUGACUAUGAAGCCGAUUUCGAUGCUCAUUUCAAUUCUCAGACACUGACACUAAGAGUUUUUGAAACUUAUUUCGGCGAAACGCAUGAACUUACACUGUCUGCUGAGCAACGCAAUGCUUGUAACGGUUUGGUAGCUGGUUCUUGUCCCGUGCAAGCACAUCAACGGCUCACGCAUGGUGGAAAUAUUGAAGGAGAAGGGAACAUGCACGGCGGUGUUCCAGUUGAAAUGCGAAUUGAAAUAGCAGAUGACGAUCAUGUUUGUAUGUGCGCUUUAAUCAAUCUUAUUGUGCACUAACUAAUUAACUAACGCGAUAUUCGGGAUCGAGAACUGGAAAAUUUUUGGAAACAUUUUUAAGAUUAAACAAGAUGAGAAGGUUGCAAAACAAAAAUUCUGAUUAAACUACAAAUAUAUACCUAUUUGAUGUAUGAA